AUGGCUGGACAUGGUUGUAAUGAUCUCAUAACUGUAGAUCCCGACUCUACAAACCCUGAUAAAGCCUGGAAACGCAUGAUGUGUAAAUACAAGAAAGUGAAACCAUUGGCAACAUCCGAAUUGAGAAAAGAAGGCUAUACCAGGUUUGUCUGUGUGUCUGAUACUCAUUCUAAAACCGAUCAUCGCAUGAUGCCUCCCAUUCCUGAUGGUGACAUUUUAUUACAUGCUGGUGAUUUUACUAUGCACAGUGGUGUCAGUGAAAUUGAUUUAUUCAGUAAAUGGUUAGAAGGUUUGCCCCAUAAAUACAAGAUUGUGAUUGCCGGAAAUCAUGACCAAGCGUUUGAUCAAACUAGAUGGCCAUUACUUAAAAAAUAUUUUGGGAUAAAAUUCACAGAUUCUAAAUUACAGUUGAAAAAUUGUAUUUACCUGGAAGACAGUGCAGUUACUGUGCUUGGUUUUAAAAUCUAUGGAUCACCAUGGCAGCCGCAAUAUCACCCAGGUGCUUUCAAUCUUUCAAGAGGGCAGGCAUUAUUAGAUAAAUGGAACAUGAUUCCUUCCAAUAUUGAUGUUCUAUUGACUCACACACCACCAUUAGGUCACGGUGAUGAGUCUACUUUGAAUGGUCAUGCUGGUUGUGUUGAUUUAUUGAAUACUGUACAGCAACGUGUCAAACCAUUGUAUCAUGUCUUUGGUCAUAUACAUGAAGGAUAUGGAGUUACUACAAAUGGCAAUACAGUAUUUAUAAAUGCAGCAAUUUGUAAUGAGCAUUUUAAACCAUGUCAUGAACCAAUAAUAUUUGAUUUACCACAUGCAACAAGUUUACCUGAUGAAUCAUAGAAGUAACAGUGAUGUUAUUGGAUAUUUUUAUAUAAUUACACAUACUUAUAAUGUAUACUUGAAAAAUUAUUUAUUUAGUCAUUCAUUUUUUCAUGUUUUGAGAUGAAUUGUCACAUAUAUAAAACAGGUGUCACCAAUUCUAAUUACUAGUUUCUUUUCAACUUCUGUUUCUGAUUCUCACUAAACCAACACAAGCUCUUUGUCUUUUCAUCUAUUUGUUGC